AAGGGAGCGCGUCCAAUCCUGCUUGACCCUGUCGCUUUGUGUCAUGCAGGCUUGCAGGAAGACGUGGUUAAUGCCAUAAUAGACGUGCGAUAUUAUUAUCGUGUAUUUUCACCGCCGAGAUAACCGGUUUUACUUUAAGAGCGAAACGGGACUACCGUAAUAUACAGUUCCAUUAGGUUAAGUAACUUCGGAAGAUGUUGAAAACUAUCGGUCAAGUGGUAUUUUCAACAGGGUUGCAGAAUCCAAAGUUUACCCCUCAAGACAGUAAGAGUCAGGACUAUGAGGUCCGUACAUACCACACCACAAACUGGGUCAGUACCACGGUCACUGGGACGGAGCAGGACGCAGCCUUAAGCGCUGGAUUUAAGAGACUCUUCAAAUACAUCAACGGCAGUAAUGAAAAGAACAUGAAAUUGGAGAUGACUGCACCAGUGACAUGCCUGAUUAACCCAGGAGAGGGACCAGCCUGUGAGGGCUCCUAUUCUGUGUCCUUCUACAUCCCUGAAGAGCACCAGGCUGAACCACCUAACCCCAGCACACCUGAGUUGUUCAUAGAGAGCAGGAAAGAGUUCACCGUAUUUGUGAGGACUUUUGGUGGAUUUGCCAACACUGAGAAAACACGAGAGGAGCUGCUGAAGCUGAGCGAGAGCCUGAGGAGGGAUGGCAUGGCCUUUAAGGAGGCCCCGUACUACCGCGUGGGCUAUGACAGCCCCUUCAAACUAGUCAACCGCAGGAAUGAAGUCUGGCUUUUCAAACAGGAGGAGGGGAGACAGUUUGAAAAGUUACAUCCUUCAACAUGUGGAGGAAAUCCUCACUGAUAAAAAGGAAACACGCAGCCCAUGCACUAGCAGGUUAAUUUUAGAGGUAACUGGUGGCUGAAUAUCAUUCACACUCAGCAAAACCAAGGACUAUGUAUGGAACAACUGCUUCGUCUGAUGCUGAGUCAAAAUAACAAAGGAGGAUCCAUUACCUCAGUUGGAGAGCUUUUCCAGACUAUAACAAUAAAAAUAUGGUAGUCUUGUGCUUGUAUAU